UAUUAUUGAUGGCAAACAAUAGGCAAAUGCAGAUUAGGCUCAGGGAUGAGAUCGAGUCGGUUAUCGGCGACCGUAUGGCCACUCAUGAGGACAGAAAUCGGUGCCAUUAUGUCAACGCAUUCAUUGCCGAAACAUUGCGCUACCGGCCGGUGGCGCCCGGAGGUGUGCCCCAUACGGCCAUGUGCGACACACAUCUAGUCAUAGUUGGCAAUCUUUUGGCCAACAGCAUGGAUGCCAACCUAUGGUCAAACCCUCAUACGUUUGACCCUGAUAGAUUUUUGAACCAGGACGGCACACUCGUCGCGCACGUGCCGGGCUAUGUGGCGUUUGGUGUCGGCCACAGGUCGUGUUUGGGCGAAAAGUUGGCCACCGCUGAGCUAUUCCUAGUGGUCGCCCAUCUUAUAAAAUACACGGCCGGACGUGUGUUUGCCUUAGAGACGGGCAAAGGUGAUGGUAGUGCCGAUCUUGAGAUGGCCGCCGACCAGUUGGUCACCAGCCGACCCAAGCCGUACAAGAUUAUGCUUUUACCAUGUGCUUAA